GGGUGGUGCCCGCCGCGUCCCCGCCCCGCGUGACGCCGGGACGGAAACGGGCGCGGUGCGGGCGGCCGGGAAAGGGGCCGCCAUGGAGUUCCCGGACCUGGGCGCUCACUGCUCGUGGGCCGCCUGCCAGCGCCUGGAUUUCCUGCCCCUCAAAUGCGACGCCUGCGAGCGGAUCUUCUGCACCGACCACAUCGCGUACGCCCAGCACGAGUGCAGCUCCGCGUACAAGAAGGACGUGCAGGUGCCCGUGUGCCCGCUGUGCAACACGCCGGUCCCGGUGCGGCGGGGCGAGAUGCCCGACGUGGUGGUGGGGGAGCACAUCGACCGCGACUGCAGGUCCGACCCCGCGCAGCGACAGCGCAAGAUCUACACCAACAAGUGCUUGAAGCCCGGCUGCAAGCAGAAGGAGAUGAUGAAGGUGAUCUGCGAGCAGUGCCACAACAACUACUGCCUGAAGCACCGGCACCCGCUGGACCACGACUGCGCUGGGGCUGGGAGGCCGCUCUCUAAAGCAGGGCACGCUGCACUUGCCAGGGCCCAGGCGUCACCCCCCCAAGCCGGCAGCACAUCGAGCAGCCCCCCCUGCCCUGCCCCUGCCAGAGCUGUGGGAGCCGCUGUGCCCCAGGUCCGCAGCACCUCCCCGCCAGCUGCCGUGCUGCAGAAUGGGCUGAGCGAGGAGGAAGCGCUGCAGCGGGCGCUGGAGAUGUCCCUGGCAGAGUCGGCACGUGGCUCGGCGCAGCCGCCCAGCACGCAGGAGGAGGAGGACCUGGCACUGGCACGGGCGCUGUCAGCGAGUGAAGCUGAGUACCAGCAGCAGCAGCGGCAGGGACACGGCUCAAAGCCGUCCAACUGCAGCAUGUCAUAGGAUGUCACAGGCACACGGGGGCUGUGCCGGUGGACGUGGCAUCCCGCUCGUGGCACAAGGAGCAGCCGUGGCAGCGCACGUGGACACUGUGGGGUCCUUGGUGGCACACCAAGAGCCACCUGAUCUCCCCAGGGCUCUAAGCAAGCCACCGAGCACACGCCGACAUCUCACCCUGCAUGCAGGUGGUGCAGCACGCUCCUGGAGAAGUGGGGGCUGCAGGGUGACCCGAGCACACGCUGAGCACAGCAGCUGCUGGUUGGGUCAUCUCCUCAGGAGGAACCUGAAGGGGCAUCUGCAGGCAACUCCAGCAGGGGCUGGCGGUGCGCUCGGGGUGGGGUGAGGGAGUGCUGAUGUGUCAUAGUGCUGCUUGGGAGAAAAUAAAGGCAUGGCCAAGGCACA